AUGCCCCCGUUUCCAAAGGGACGUGUUACGGAGGCGGUCGCGUUUGAAAGGACAGGUCUCGAUUAUCUGGGACCCCUCUACAUAAAAACCUCUGGGGAAUAUAGAAAGGUAUGGGUCUGCCUAUUCACUUGUUUAGUAACUCGUGCAGUACAUUUGGAGACAGUACACGAUAUGUCAACAGAAGAGUUCCUAUUAGCGUUACGUCGAUUCAUUGCGCAACGGGGAUCACCAAUGGAAAUAAACAGUGACAACGCAAAACAGUUCAAGUUAGCCAGUGACACAAUACAUUUAAUCUGGAAAAACACUAUCAAAAGCGAUGACGUGCAAACGUAUGUAUCAAAUCAUGGAAUAAAAUGGAAUUUUAUUGUCGAGCGAGCCCCCUGGUAUGGAGGUUACUGGGAAAGACUUGUGGGACUUGUUAAACAAUCAUUACGCAAAUCUCUAGGACGUAGAUCAUUGACUGAUAUUCUGUUAUCAAAGAAAUAG